AUGGCGCGCGCGACGGGCCCCGAGCGGCGGCUGCUGGCCAUCUACACCGGCGGCACCAUCGGCAUGCGGAGCGAGCGCGGCGUGCUGGUCCCUGGGCAGGGCCUGGCUGCUGUUCUGAGGAGGCUGCCAAUGUUCCAUGAUGAGGACUACGCCUGUGCCUGCCAGCUCCCCAAGGACACCCUGGUGUUGCCCCCCGCCAGUCCCGACCAGAGGGUCAUCUACACGGUGCUGGAGUGGCAGCCCCUCUUAGACUCCAGUGACAUGACCAUCGCCGAGUGGGCGCAAAUCGCGCAGACCAUCGAGAGGCACUACGAGCAGUACCACGGCUUUGUGGUCAUCCACGGCACCGACACCAUGGCCUUCGCCGCCUCCACGCUCUCCUUCGUGCUGGAGAACCUGCAGAAACCUGUCAUCCUCACUGGGGCUCAGGUGCCCAUCCAUGCUCUCUGGAACGACGGCCGGGAGAACCUGCUAGGGGCACUGCUCAUGGCUGGCCAGUACCUGAUCCCUGAGGUCUGUCUCUUCUUCCAGAACCAGCUGUUGCGGGGCAACAGGGCCACCAAGGUGGACUCGCGGAGGUUUGCAGCCUUCUGUUCCCCCAACCUGCCUCCUCUGGCCACCGUGGGCACCGACAUCAUAAUUAACCGGGAGCUGGUGCAGAAGAUUCGCCGGAAAGAGCCGCUGGUGGUGCACAGCCACGUGGAGCGAGACGUGGGGGUGCUGCGCCUGUACCCCGGGAUCCCGGCCUCCCUGGUCCGGGCUUUCCUGCAGCCCCCUCUGAAGGGCGUGGUCCUGGAGACCUUCGGCUCGGGGAACGCGCCCACCAAGCCGGAGCUCCUGCUGGAACUUCGUGCAGCAGCCGGACGCGGCCUCCUCAUCGUCAACUGCACCCACUGCCUCCAGGGCGCUGUGACCUCGGACUACGCCUCCGGCGCGGCCCUGGCAGACGCCGGCUUGGUCUCAGGCUUCGACAUGACAUCGGAGGCUGCGUUGGCCAAGUUGGCCUACGUGCUGGGCCGGCCGGGGCUGAGCCUGGACGACAGGAAGCAGCUGCUGGCCCAGGACCUUCGGGGGGAGAUGACAGCACCGGCCACUGAGCGCCGCCCCUCCCUGCAGGGCAGCCCACUGGGGCGUCGGGUGACUCAGUUUCUCAGUCUGAGCAACAGCCAGGAGUUGGACGCUGUGCGGGACGCCCUGCUGCCCAGCCUGGCAUGUGCUGCAGCCCACGCCGGAGACCUGGAGGCGCUGCAGGCACUGGUGGAAAUGGGCAGUGACCUGGGCACGGCGGACUUUAACGGUCAGACCCCGCUGCACGUGGCUGCCCGGGUGGGGCACGCUGGAGCUGUCAGUAUGCUGCUUCGGAGAGGCGUCCAUGUGAAUGCCUGUGACGGGGACGGCCUCAGCCCACUGCUGCUAGCUGUGAGGGGCAGGCAUCAGAGUGUCAUCGGGCUGCUGCGAGCAGCAGGGGCCUGCCUGUCCCCUCAGGAACUGGAGGACGCAGGGACGGAGCUGUGCAGGCUGGCCUCCCGGGCAGAUGGCGAAGGACUGCAGGCAUGGUGGCAGGCGGGGGCAGACUUGGGGCAGCUGGGCUAUGACGGACGGAGUCCUCUGCAAGUUGCGGAAUCUGCCGGAAACCUAGAAGUGGUAACCCUUCUGCAGCAGCUAAGGGGCAGGGCUGGUGCCACAGCCCCAGGGCCAGUAAGCUCCCACCCUGGCGGGGCUGGCGGCACCCCUGUGGUAGAUGCCCAGGUCCCAGGUGUGGGGAGUAUGUUCCAAGGCCUGGUCUGGGGACGAAGAUGGGCAAUCUGUUCCCAGGGGACUGGUCUGCAGGGCCCCUCCUGUGGGCCUCUAGGGCAGCGCACACACUGCAGGGAAUGGAGCAGUUAGGGAGAGCUUCCCGAAGGAAGGGCCCCUCAGACCUCCGACAUCUGUUCCAUCAGGCCACACCGUGACAAUCAGAACAGAGUGUUGGAGGACGCUAGCCACUGUGGAGCCUGGAAGGGACCCUGGAUGCCUCCUCAA